AUGGCGGCUUCGCAGCCCCCCACCAACGGGGUCACCACCGAGCUCGUCCUUUCAGAGAUCCUCUCCACCCUGAAGACGAUGCAGACGGACCACGCAAACCUGGCAGCCAGCGUCGAAGCCCUGCAGAGCAAAGUCGAUACCUCGCACUCAAUCAGCCAGCUCAGGCCGGCACCUGGCCAGAGGAGAGCAAGCAUUCGAGAAUCUCGAGACUCGCCCAGCCUCGAUCCCAUCCAGCUGAGCAGGUCGGCGACGGGAGCGGCUUCCCCUCCUACAGACGCAGCUCUCAGGGCACCCUCGUCACCGACAUCUGGAGCCAGGAAAUCCUCCAUCACCUCACGCAUCAUCCUGACCACUUACCCUGGUCAAUCUGGGAUCGACCCCAUCCCGAUGGAAUGGGGUGACCCGGACCCAGCCAAGCGUGGACCGAUCGUGGUGUCUCGGCAUCACAACACGAUCCGUCGCCGCAACGCCAUCGGCGCCCACGGCGGCUCGUACAGCAUUUACCACGCCCUAGCGGUGGCGUCGCACAACCUGAACCUCGAGCAUAAACCCGACUUCACCAACACCGAACCGGCCGCGACGAUCGGCCCCUUCCCAGCGUGGGGGGACAAGAAGAAGAUCGUGGCCAUGGAUCCCUUUGGCCAUCUGGCGCCCUGGCUGUACAAAGACCUGAUCCAAUCUCAAGACGUGGACAUUCGACCCACCAUCGCCGUGACAAAGGCCCACAUGAAGAUCCCCGAGCUGGAACAGUCCGUCAAAGCCGGCCGGCUGAGGCCCGAUGGCCGAAUCUGCCUGAACGACACGGGCGAACUGAAUGUGACCAAGUUCGCCGUCGAGCCUGUGUGGUACCUCCCCGGGGUGGCGGAACGGUUCGGCAUUGAAGAAUCGGCCCUCCGACGCGCCCUGUUCGAGCACACCGGUGGCUCAUACCCGGAGCUGGUCACGCGAAACGACAUCAAGGUCUUCAUGCCGCCCAUAGGCGGCCUGACGGUAUACUGCUUCGGCGACCCGGCGAAGAUGGCGGACCCGAAUGUGCGGCUCGCGCUGCGGGUCCACGACGAAUGCAACGGCAGCGACGUCUUCGGGUCGGACAUUUGCACGUGUCGGCCGUACCUGAUCUUCGGCAUCGAGGAGGCCGUCAAGGAAGCCCAGCGCGGCGGCUCCGGCGUCGUCAUCUACUUCCGCAAAGAAGGCCGCGCGCUCGGCGAGGUCACAAAGUAUCUCGUGUACAAUGCGCGGAAACGCGGCGCUGACCGCGCGAGCGAGUACUUUAAGCGCACCGAGAACAUUGCCGGCGUCAAGGACAUGCGGUUCCAGGCUCUCAUGCCGGAUAUCCUGCAUUGGCUGGGCAUCACCAAGAUCGACCGCAUGUUGAGCAUGUCGAAUAUGAAGCACGACGCCAUCGUCGAGCAGGGCAUCCCUAUUCUCGAGAGGGUGCCUAUCCCGGACGAGAUGAUUCCCGAGGACUCGAGGGUGGAGAUUGACGCCAAGAUCCACGCCGGGUACUUUACCACCGGCAAGGUCAUGUCGAUGGAUGAGUUGAACGCGGUGCAGGGUCGGAGUUGGGAUGACAUAGAGCAUUAG